AUGUCGCUCAAUGGUCUUGGUAUUCCCGCGAUCGCGGAAGCGCACCAGGCGGCGCUGGCGGAGGCGGGUGGAUGGUUCCUGCUGAAGUACACGUCACGCGACUCAGUCGAUAUCCUCACGAGAGGCAAUGGCGGCGCGGUGGAAGCGAAGAGCGCGAUCGCGAGUUACACGGAGGUAUCGCCGCUGUUUGGAUUUCUUUUGUAUAGACGGCGGAAAGUGCUUAUAAAGUACAUUCCUGAAGGCACGAGUCGGCUAAUGCAAGCUCGAGUCGCUGUCCACUUCAACGAGUUCUCAGACAAGUUCUCCCCGCAUGACACCACGAUAUCGAUCACGACCGCGAACGGCCUAAGCGAAUCGGGCCUCGCGUCUGCAUGCUCGCUACAUACAGCGACCGCCUCCAACACGUCCAGCAGCGGCAGUUUGCAGCGGAAGAGGUUGGACGAGAUCACCGAAGAUGCUGAGGAGAGCGGCGAGUUGAAAGUCAUCGGCCCGCAAAUCUUCAUCACGGAACAUUCGCCAACACGGGAUGGGAAUGAGCAACGGGCACAUACCCCGUCUAGCAGGCCUUGGACCCCGCGAUCUUCAUCGUUGGCCAGAGUAGAUGUAGCCAGUUUGGAUGCUUCGGGUGACUCGCCAACUGAAACCAAGGAAAGCAACGACCCGGGUACAUCUGUUCCUGACAAGAAACAAGACGAAGAUCCAAAAGCUGAGGAGACUCCCAAAGCAUGGAAGAUGGACUCCUCCGAAGUUCCUCCAGCACUAGUCCAAGUGCCCCCCCUAAGUUCUGAGGAAGCUCAACCAGCAGAACCCAGCGAGUCCGCUAGACCUCAAACCGGCAAAUCCGACCACGCUCCGUCCUUCAUGUCCGCCCACACCCAAUCUUCAUUUGCACCCACGCUCUCUAUGCGGAACGAAGGCGACGUGCGCACGUCGACCUCAACAGCCCGACCCUCGCUAUCCGACAUCUCGUUUGCCUCACUUUACAACAUGGCCAAACCCAAAGUCAAGCUGGGUCCUCGCCCUACCACGGACCGCGGCCGCGCUCCCAAUUCCGAAGGGAAACGCGUCGCGAACCUCCCAGCAGGCCUCCGCGCUGCGACCCGACGCGCCGUCCCGCACCACGACUCCGACGAGACGUACUCCCGCCCAUACAGCCGCGGCCAAGAAUCCGUCUACUCCACCAAAUCCGCAAAGUCCUCCCGCUUCGCACUUCAGCGCGACAAUGAACCCGAACUACCACCGCUCCCUUCAUCCCCGGGAAUCAACCGCUCCUUCAAAGCGUCCAACCGCACCUCCACGUCUACUAUCCGUCCCGAAACCCAGCAAUCAAGCCAUGCGCCGUCGACACGCGCGUAUUACCACUUCCCCCACGCACCCCCGCCGAUCCCCGAUAUCCCGCCUCGCAGCCCCGCCCGACCGACCAGCGCGACCAGCGCCAAGAGCAUGCCGAUCAGCCUCGGGACCGGCAACCGGAUGACGCCGGAGAAGCAGCGAUUGAUGCGCGCGGUGGAGUUGAGGAAACGGCAACAGGAGCAGCGGAAGGCGAGGCAGGAGAGAGAGGAGGAGGAGAAACAAGUGGUGGAGAGGGAAGUGGAGGAACCGCCGGAAACGAAAGUAGAGGGUACUUCGGCUAAGGACAAAGCACCGCAAAUAGAACUGGACGUAUCAGCGGGCGCGAUCGACGGAGACGAGGAUGAAGAGGAUGAAGACGGGACGCCGAAAGCAAGUAGUCCGCAAGUGGAGAACGGACAGCUGCAGGUGAAAGUGAUAUCAGAAGGGUCGAAGUCGGAUUCGGGCGUCGGUGUGGAGGUCCCCGUGAAUCCUGGAUGUUUGGAUCAAGCCGCGCCAGAGACGGUCGCACCGCCCGAGGAACUAGCAAUCACGGAAGAAAGUGCCGAGCCAGCAACCAGCGAAGAAAAUGCCCAACCAGCGAUUGAAAGCUCCAGUCCGACCUCUGUGCAAGAAAGCAAGAGUAGCGAUCAGGGUGAGGUCGAGAGCACGCGGCCUAGUUCUGUCGAGGACGCUAGCCAAAUCUUUGGAGAGCAGACGAGCAAGGAGCCGAGUAUAGAGACCGUGGUGGAAGUGAAGGUGAACGACGCUGUGUCCGAAGAACCGUCUACUCCUGAAGAUAUCGGUGUCGAGGUCAGUCCUCCCAGGAACAGCACGCUAGACACGAGGGAUCCUGAAGCGGAUGAGCCGGCCGACGACAACGCAAAUUCGACCACCCAAAUUCAGCCCACAGAGCCCGAGGAGCACAACCCAACCGUCCAGCGCAACACUAGCAUGCGCGACCGAAGAAAAGGAGGCGUACACGAACCUCUCCGUGUUGAUGUCGUCGCCGCGACCACCGAUCAUUCCGACGUGGACGCGGCAGAAACCGAUGCGGAUGGUGACUACCUCUCGGACGAUGACUCGUUUAUGGAGGAGUUGCAAACUGCACAGGUCCAAGAAGCCAAGCCGAUGUCUAUGUCGGUUUCGAAGUCGCCUAUCACUCCAUUCUUCACCCGACGGCCCAGCAACGGGAGCCUCCUGAGCGUAGUGACUGCAGCUGCUCGACAGGAUGGAUCGGGCUCAGCCACGCCGACUCUCAAAGGGUGGACCACGCCGGUGCGCAGCUACGAGCGAAAAGCAUCGUUGACGACCCCGGACGUGACUCAUGCUGUCCAACAGCGCGAUCGAGCGGAUUCGAGUCCACGACCCGCUAGCUCCAUCAUGUCGGUGAAAAAGGUCCACGUCAGCUCCGGCAUCAGCCAGCGCAUCAAAGCCCUGACCGAAAAGUCGAAUCGUGACAGCGUCGCCACCAUCACUCCCGAGAAGAGCCCCCCCGAGGAUCGUAUGUCCCGGUCCAGCUUCGCCACGCGGAAAUCCAGUAUCCGUUCCCUCGGAUGGGGCAAUCGCGAGAAAGACAAAGACCAAAAAGAGUCCAACCACAAGCAACGGCCGUCCCGCACCAUCCAAAUGGCCUUCGGCGACGCCCCCGACGCCUCUCGGCACAGCACCCACAGCAAGCGCCUCUCCCGAGCCUCUCUCUCCUCCAUGGCCCCUUCCGAGCCCCCCUACCCCUACAACCCCUCCAACACCAUCCUCUCGCCCACCAUCACCUCCACCCGCGACAGCACCACCCCCCACCCCCAAGCCGUCUACUCUAUCUCCCACCCCGCCCCGCACAACCCCCCAAAACGCCCCCGCGAUUCCGUCUCCGUCACCGCCCGCAUCAUCCGCCCCGCCCCCGACGGCGCCUGGGGGCCCGAUCUCGCCGUUCCCGGCCCUGGUGACGCGAAGCCCCUCUUGCAGCAAAGCCCCCUCAUCAUCGAACACCAUCGCACCGAGCCGCCCAACGGCCGCGUCUCCGAAUCGUACAGUAACCGUACCAGCCUCGUCUACGGGUCCGUCGCCGCCGCCGCCGCCAACGGGGUCGCCUCCCCGGGCAAUCUCCCCUCCGGCCCGUACCGCGACAACAGCACCAACCAGAGCGGCCACAGCCAUCACGCGUCGGCCGCAAUGUCGCGCAGCAGCAUGGACAGUGGCGCAGGCGCACCCUCCGCUAAAGAAAGCACCUGGAACCUCCGCGCGAAGAUGUCCCGGCGGAUGAGCGAAGCGCGCAGCGGGCCGACGAGCCCCGUAGUCCCGGUGGCAUCGUCGAGCGCGUCAGUGCGGCACCGCAGCAUGAGCAGCGUGAGCGUGGAUUCGCUAGCGCUAGCGGCGGGGCCGGCGACGGACGACGACGGGAUGUCGAUGACGGGGAGCGUUGGGGGGAAGGAGGGGAAGCGGGGGGGAGGUCGGACGAGUCGGUUGUUUAAGCGGAUGAGUAGUGGGAUUAGUGCGGGGGCGAGAAAGAUGAGCGUGAUGAGUCCGACGACGGUGAGGGAGGAGGGGGAGGAGGUGGCGGAGGUGGUGGUGGAGAGGCGGAGACCGGAGGGGUGUGAGGUGGGGGAUCUGAAUGUGCAGUUCCCCGACACUUUGCUCUGGAAACGCCGCUACCUCCACAUCUCCCCCUCCGGCGACCUCGUCAUCAAGCUCGCCAAAGCCGACCCCCCCUCCACCGCCGCCGCCGCCAAGCCCCACCACGCCGCCACCAAGCGCUUCCACCUCACCGAGUUCCGUCCCCCCUACGUCCCCGACCAGGACGCCCAGGAGCUGCCCAACAGCGUCGUGCUCGACUUCGUCGACGGCCGCACGCUGCAGGUCGCGUGUCAGGAUGCGGCAGGGCAGAGAAGGGUGUUGGGGUUGUUGAAGGGGAGGAGGGAGGAGUGGGUGGGGUUUGGGAGGGGGUGA